UCCUGUCAGGGUGUCCCGUGUCCCAUUGGGGUGCUCAAUGUUCCAUUGGGGUGCUCAAUCUCCUGCCGGGGUGUCCCGUGUCCCACUGGGGUGUCCUGUGUCCCAUCGGGGUGUCCUGUGUCCUGUCAGGGUGUCCCGUGUCCCAUUGGGGUGUCCCAUGUCCCAUCGGGGUGUCCUGUGUCCUGUCAGGGUGUCCCGUGUCCCAUCGGGGUGUCCUGUGUCCUGUCAGGGUGUCUUGUGUCUCAUCGGGGUGUCCUGUAUCCUGUCAGGGUGUCCCGUGUCCCAUCGGGGUGUCCCGUGUCCUGUCAGGGUGUCCCUUGUCCCAUCGGGGUGUCCUGUGUCCCAUUGGGGUGUCCCUUGUCCCAUUGGGGUGUCCCGUGUCCCACCGGGGUGUCCCGUGUCCCAUCAGGGUGUCCUGUGUCCCAUUGGGGUGUCCCGUGUCCCAUCGGGGUGUCCUGUGUCCUGUCAGGGUGUCCUGUGUCCCAUCGGGGUGUCCUGUGUCCCAUUGGGGUGUCCCGUGUCCCACCGGGGUGUCCCGUGUCCCAUUGGGGUGCCUGUGUCCCAUCGGGGUGUCCCAUGUCCCAUUGGGAUGUCCCGUGUCCCACCGGGGUGUCCCGUGUCCUGUUAGGGUGUCCCGUGUCCCAUUGGGGUGCUCAGUGUCCCAUUGGGGUGCUCAAUCUCCUGCCAGGGUGUCCCGUGUCCCAUCGGGGUGUCCCUUGUCCUAUUGGGGUGUCCCGUGUCCCGUCAGGGUGUCCUGUGUCCCAUCGGGGUGUCCCUUGUCCCACUGGGGUGUCCCUUGUCCCAUUGGGGUGCUCAAUGUCCCAUUGGGGUGCUCAAUCUCCCAUUGGGGUGUCCCGUGUCCCAUCAGGAUGUCCCGUGUCCUGUCAGGGUGUCCCGUGUCCCAUUGGGGUGCUCAAUGUUCCAUUGGGGUGCUCAAUCUCCUGCCGGGGUGUCCCGUGUCCCAUUGGGGUGUCUUGUGUCCCAUUGGGGUGUCCCGUGUCCCAUUGGGAUGUCCUGUGUCCCAUUGGGGUGCUCAAUCUCUUGCCGGGGUGUCCCGUGUCCCAUCGGGGUGUCCCGUGUCCUGUCAGGGUGUCCUGUGUCUCAUCGGGGUGUCCCGUGUCCUGUCAGGGUGUCCCGUGUCCCAUCGGGGUGUCCUGUGUCCUGUCAGGGUGCCCCGUGUCCCAUUGGGGUGUCCCGUGUCCUGUCAGGGUGUCCUGUGUCCCACUGGGGUGUCCCGUGUCCCAUCAGGGUGUCCCGUGUCCCAUCGAGGUGUCCCGUGUCCUGUCAGGGUGUUCAAUGUCCCAUCGGGGUGUCCCUUGUCCCAUCGGGGUGUCCCGUGUCCUGUCAGGGUGUCCCAUGUCCCAUCGGGGUGUCCCGUGUCCUGUCAGGGUGUCCCGUGUCCCAUUGGGGUGCUCAAUGUCCCAUCGGGGUGCUCAAUCUCCUGCCGGGGUGUCCCUUGUCCCAUCAGGGUGUCCCUUGUCCCAUUGGGGUGUCCCUUGUCCCAUCAGGGUGUUCAAUGUCCCAUCGGGGUGUCCCUUGUCCCAUCGGGGUGUCCCGUGUCCUGUCAGGGUGUCCCAUGUCCCAUCGGGGUGCUCAAUGUCCCAUCGGGGUGUCCCGUGUCCCAUCGGGGUGUCCCAUGUCCCAUUGGGGUGCUCAAUGUCCCAUUGGGAUGUCCCUUGUCCCAUUGGGGUGCUCAGUGUCCCAUCAGGGUGUCCUGUGUCCCAUUGGGGUGCUCAAUCUCCUGUCGGGGUGUCCUGUGUCCCGUCGAGGUGUCCCAUGUCCCAUUGGGGAGUCCUGUGUCCCAUCAGGGUGUCAUGUGUCCCGUUGGGGUGCUUAAUCUCCCAUCGGGGUGCCCCGUGUCCCAUUGGGGUGUCCUGUGUCCCACUGGGGUGUCCCUUGUCCCAUCGGGGUGCCCAGUGUCCCAUUGGGAUGUCCUGUGUCCUAUCAGGGUGUUCCAUGUCCCUUCAGGGUGCCCCAUGUCCUGUUGGGGUGCCCCAUAUCCCAUUGGGGUGCCCCAUCUCUCAUCGGGUGCCCCAUAUCCCAUCAGGGUGCCCCAUCUCUCAAUGGGUGCCCCAUGUCCCAUCGAGGUGCCCCAUCUCUCAUUGGGUGCCCCAUGUCCCAUCGGGGUGCCCUGUCAUAUCCCAUUGGGGUCUCCCAUCUCUCAUUGGGUGCCCCAUCUCCCACUGGAGAGUCCAGUACCCCCCUGGGGUGCCCCACUUGCCAUUGGGGUGCCCUCUCUGCUAUUAGGGCACCCCAUACCCCCCCGUCCCCAGCGUCCCCUAGAGGUUCCCCCACAUCCCACCGCUGUCCCUUUUCCUCUUCCAUCCCUCCCGCAUCCCAAGAAAACCAAGAAAACCCCACGUGGGGCCGCGGGGCCUUUUGGGGCCGCCGUGACCCCGUUGUGCCCCGUAGGAACAUCAUGAACAACAAAGUCUUCUACCAGCACCCCAACCUGAUGCGGGCGCUGGGGAUGCACGAGACGGUCAUGCAGGUGAUGGUGAGCGUGCUGGGCGGCGGCGAGACCAAGGAGAUCCGCUUCCCCAAAAUGGUCACCAACUGCUGCCGCUUCCUCUGCUACUUCUGCCGCAUCAGCCGCCAGAACCAGCGCUCCAUGUUCGACCACCUGGGGCUACCUGCUGGAGAACAGCAGCAUCGGCCUG